UGCAGGUGGCUAGCAGCCAGUAGCCUUUUUCCUCUGUCAUGUAUCCACACAUCAUGCACAGCUCUACAGCAAAUUGGAAAGUGGGAGAAGAAGAACAGGGUUGUUUACCCUCCACAACUGCCUGGAGAACCUCGCAGACCAGCGGAAAUAUAUCACUGUCGGAGGGAGAUAAAAUACAGCAAAGAUAAGAUGUGGUACCUGGCAAAACUGAUAAAAGGGAUGUCCAUUGAUCAGGCUCUGGCUCAGUUGGAAUUCAAUGAUAAAAAGGGAGCAAAGGUGAUCAAAGAGGUUCUAUUAGAAGCACAGGAAUUGGCAGUAAAAAAGCACAAUGUGGAAUUCAAAUCAAAUCUACAUAUAGCCGAGUCCACGACGGGCAGAGGCCGCUAUACGAAGCGGAUUCGUUACCAUGGCAAAGGCAUGUUUGGCAUCAUGAAGAUCGUCAGGUGCCAUUACUUUGUGAAGCUGGUGGAAGGUCCCCCUCCUCCUCCAGAGCCACCAAAGACUGGCUUUGACCAAGCGAAAGAAUACGUGCAGCAGCUGCGGAGUAGAACCCUUGUUAAUACACUGUGACAAACUUUUGUGACUAUAUAGGUAUUUCUUGUUUGAAAAUGUAAUUAUGUAAAAGAAUACUUAAUGGUUUAGUU